CGGAAACCAUGGCGGAACUCCCCGGAUCAGAACCCCGAAUUUACAGUUUUGGGAAAGUCGCAUGUGGAAUACUGACUCACGUGCUUUGUGUUGUCUUCACUGUGCUUAUCACGGUAUUGGCCAAGCCUGGAACAAGUUUGUUCUCUUGGCACCCUUUCCUGAUGACACUGGCGUUCUCCCUCUUCAUGACAGAAGCUGUGCUCCUCUUCUCUCCACAUUGCUCUCCCAUUCGGAAGCUUUCCCACAAGACCAAGGGGCGUGUCCACUGGAUCCUGCAGUGCCUCUGCGCCAGCUGUGCCACCCUGGGCCUGACAUCCAUCUUCUACAACAAGCACCUGAACGGCAAGCCCCACUUCGCCUCGUGGCACGGCCUGGUGGGCCUGGGGACAUUGUGUGUUGUUGGGGUGCAGUCUCUGGCCGCUCUGCCCCUCCUCUACCACUCCCUGGCUAAGGGGUGGUCCCUGGCUAAGCUAAAGCGCUACCACGCAGCGUCUGGCCUAGUCACUUACCUGCUGGGAAGUGUCAGUCUGCUCCUGGGCAUAUGCUCAGUGUGGUUUACAGGCGCUGUGGGAGGAUACACCUGGUACCUGGCAGCACUGUGCCCUGCCCUCAGCACCCUGGUCAUCAUGAGCCAGGUGUCCAAUACCUACAUGGCUAAGAAACGGCUGGUGUCCUAACCAGGCUGGCCGACCAAAACCAAGGUCACAAACAUUAGCCAUAAACUAUUACUGUAUUCAAAUGAAGCUUUGAUAAGAGCUUUACCGUAAGGCUAUCUUUGGAAGACCAACCUGCAUUCUGCCUAAUGUCCAAAAGUACCAGUGCCUUAUAUUGGUGAAAUUAUGAUUUUGUUACAUCUACUGCUGAACUAGUUCUAAUUUCAAAGUUUGGUCUUUGUAUGUUAAUUCUACCUUGAGCAAAACAAGUGCAAGGACUCAUCAUUGAGCAUAGCUUGGCUGUCUAAAAAAAAAAAAUGUGAUAACAUGCCUCGGUCUUUUGGAGUAUUUAGUAAAGUAGUAUUUUGUAUCCGAGAGCCAAGAAAGCCUGUUAUGUGUCUAAGGAAGUACAAAUAUUGGUUGUUAACCAUGGAAAACAACUAGAGGCCACUGAUGCUGCUUGAUUUUAUUUGCCUUUAGGCUUGAAUGGACCAAUGCACAUUUUUUUGUGAUUGGUUUGUUUUUAUAAGGUGAUACAUUUGUGUAUUAGUUUGCACUAAGGUGUGAAAUUCCAGCCAAAGAUGUCAUAUUUACUGAUGUGGUAGAAUGACUGCAAUGAAGUGUCAAAAAAACAGUGUAGUGUUUGCUUUCCCAUACAUUCUGUAACUCCAUUACCCCCAAUUGUCUUACUGAAAGGACAUACGCAGUUUCAUCAUAACCGCAUCAUAUUCAAAUGCAUUAUCCUCACAUGGGUGUUUCAUAGAUUCCCGGCUGCAAGAGUGCAAUUGAAGGUCGAGUUGAACAUAAUUCUUGGAAUAUACUGUAGAUUAUUACUGAUUAUUGUUGACAUGUUUUGUCAAAUUUAUAUUUUGAUGCAAUUUCAAUAAAAAAAUACAUUUUGCA